UCUUCGACAGUAUUUAAUGCGGGACUCUCACAUGCGUUUUUAGAUUGAUGCUCAUACAGCUGCACAGCACCGCUCAUUCAGGUCCGCUAGGUCGAACAGACGCCAAUAUUUCAAAUAAGACGACUCCGCGGGCAUAAACAGACAUGGCCGCCUCCUUAUGGGAGGAACUUUGAAGUUUUCAACAUAUGAUCAUGAUUUCCUCGAUUUGUUUUCUCGAAUGGGUAGUCUGAAAUUUUCGGACGCGCAGGCUAUGCGCGCAUCCUCGAUAUUUGAAGCAUAGACAACUACGAAUGGCCUCUUCGUUCCGUUGUUUGGAGCGGCUGCUGUGCAAAACCGUACGGUGGCGAAUUGGAACGCACGUGUAACUCACGAAUUUUAACGAUCACCAAGCUCAAUCUAUGGAUAUUUAAUAACAAUUCGUGCUUUACAUGUCGUAGUUAAAUUUGCACCUGCUACCCACAACAACUCGUCGAUAGAAUUAAUUUUCGUCACAAGUGUAAACUUCUUUAAGAGAUAAACAAGGGUAUCAACUAGAGAGAAUGUAGCAACGAAACAUAACGCGGAACAGUUCCGUUGAUGAGGUGCAGGCGAAAGAUUUCGGAAACGGUAAAUUGUAUGGCCAGUUCGUUUUUCCUACCCCACCUGAUUUACUUGCCCUUCUCUUGAAACAGAUCAGAACAACCAGAUUCAAGUAAACGAUCAAAUUAACCUUUCGUAUUGCUAGACUGUCGAAAAGCCUUUCUAAGACGCUGCGGUGACGCACUCGGCGUUCUAGCUUUUCUUAACCGGUACGAGCCUCACGCCAAAUAAUAGCCAUGACGUGGCGUCAAAGUCUCUUCGUAGCCUUUCGUUCCAGUUUUACUCCAGCUGUAAUGCCGCAUCAGUCAACUGUGAAGCGGCAAUUUUCUCGUCUACAAUAUAAUCUCUCAUCUCGACCGCUAUUUCGAAAAGCGCUUUACAGACAAACGUUUGGUGUACACGUAAAUUCCCAGCGGUAUCUCCACCCUUUGGUCAUAUUGGUAGCUCGUCAGUUAGCUAAGGGUCUUGCCAUAUUCACGGGUCGUGGUUUCCGAAAGUGGUGGAAAUCGCUGCCGCCCAACAGGCGUGCUUACUUUGCUCAACGCUUCCGUGAAAAUCGCGGAAAGAUUGCCUUAGGCCUAAGCCUCACAGGAGGCCUUGGGUCCCUUUACUACAUAAGCCACCUACAGCGAGCUCCAAUUACAGGUCGUUUACGAUUUAUCGCAUUCAGUGAUGAACAAAUGGCAAAACUUACCGAGUUUCAACAUAAAAUGGAGAUAGUGCCUUUGAGAAAAGAUCUCUUUCCAAUCAACCAUGCCUACGUACGUAGGAUGAAGUCUGUUGCAGAGCAGCUUCUGGCGGGUAAUCGAGACCUACCCCAAAUAUAUGAGAAAAAUUGGUCUGUUUCGGUGAUCGACUCCCCUUUACAAAAUGCCUUCGUUCUACCAAAUGGACAGAUCUACGUCUUUCGUGGAAUGCUUGAGCUUUGUCAAAACGAUGACGAACUCGGCUGUAUUUUAGCGCAUGAGAUGGCCCAUGCCGUCCUCAACCAUAGUGCUGAGAACAUAUCCUAUGCGCAUUUCGUUGACAUAUGCGUAGUCUUCUUAUUGGCUGUCAUAUGGGCGGUAAUGCCAUCCGAUGGCAUAGCUGCCAUAACUCAUUGGUUAUUUAAUAAAAUUGUAGCUCUUAUGCUGCACCUGCCGUACUCAAGAAAGCUUGAGACAGAAGCUGAUACGGUUGGUUUAGAACUGGCUGCAAAGGCGUGCUUUGACGUACGACAUAGCAGCACUUUCUGGGCAAAAAUGGAAUUGUUACGAGAGUUAAAAAAUCAGGAAAAAAUCCCGGAGUUUUUAUCCACCCAUCCGACAGAUGCGAACCGUUGUCAGACACUUGAUGGGCAAAUCGGAGACAUGCUGAAAAAAAGGAUGCAGUGUCGAUGUCCACCGUUGCCAAGGAGGGACCCACGAACAAGCAUCGAAGGAUUACGACACGAAGUUGACAGAGUAAAAAAAUGGCAACAGGAGAUGGAAAAAGAAGGAAUAGCUUAUAUUACUACUAAGCGAUAGUACUUAAGCGGCGGUACACAAACAGAACCUAUAAUAAAGGUCACGCGAUGGGAAAAGCGCUAAAACUACACGGUAACGUGUCGAUAUUUCAGUGAUAAAGUAUAGCACAAAGUAUUCUGUUACAACUAUUAGUGUAAAAGAAAGUUAUAGUGAAGUUUCUCUGUGGUUUAUUCAUGGCGGCUAAUUGGUGCCUACUUGCUACUGGCUAAGUAUCUAUCAGUUUCGUAGUUCUCCUUUAAAUAUGUUUGUUAAAUAAAACAUUAAAAAGAGUCAUUCAUUAUAGUGAUCUUGUCAGUAGUAAAUGGGAAAUCAAUUGCGUCAUAUAAUGAAGUCGUCGCUGCUUUCCUGCUACGCUCGAACAAGUGAAAAUGGUUCAGUCGAGAUACUAGGAAUACGAUUAUUGAUAUAAGCAGUUUUAUUUAAAGGAGUGGAACUAGUAAUAAAAUAUACUCAAUAU